AUGGCUCCCGAGCAAUUUCGAAACCCGCCGCAGCGGCCGCCGGUCUUUACAGCUACGGCUGAAUCCAUCCUGGCCGAUGCGAAGAAGAGCACUGACCAGAGCAAGAGCGUUUUGGAUCAAAUCGUUGCCAGCGUGACUCCCGAGACUGCCACCUUCGACAACACUCUGAAGCCCAUCCUCAUUGAUGGCAACGAUUCCUCAGGCCCCCAGAACAUCCUGACCUUUUAUCAACAUGUAUCGACCAACGAGUCCCUCCGUGAAGCUUCCACCAAGGCGGAAGAGCUCUUGAACGAUUUCUAUAUUGAAGCAAAGAUGCGAGAAGAUGUGUUCAAGCUGGUGGACGCGGCCUAUGCCACUCGAGAGUCUCAAAACUUGGACAAAGAGUCGCUCCAUAUCCUAGAGAAGGAACGCCAAAAGUACAUCCGCAACGGCUUGCUUCUUCCACCUGGGGAGAAGAGGGAACGCUUCAAGGAGAUCCAGAAGCGCCUGAGUCAACUCUGCAUCCAGGGCAAGAAGAAUCUCAACGAGGAAAAGGGUGGAGUCUGGUUUACUCCCCAGGAGCUCGAGGGAGUGCCCAAGGAUGAUAUUGAUGUCGACACGCUCGAAAAGGGAACCGGCGAAAACGAAGGAAAAGUGAAGGUCACAUUCAAAUACAACCACUUUACCCCCUUGAGCAAGUAUGCUAUACAUGAAAAUACCAGACGCAGAUAUAUGAUUGCGGAUUCCAACAAGGUAAACAACAAUGUCGAAAUCUUCAAGGAGAUUAUGGUGCUUCGAGAUGAAGCUGCUCGACUUUUAGGCUACCCGAACCAUGCAAGCGUCCGGAUUGAGGAGAAGAUGGCCAAGUCGCCGACCCGCGUCAACGAGUUCUUGGGCGACUUGAGAACUCGCUUGGCCCCUGGAGGUGAGAAGGAAGUCCAGAAACUCACAGAAUACAAGAAGCGAGACUAUGAAGAGCGCGGCAUCCCCUUUGAUGGCAACUUUUAUAUGUGGGACGCCGGUUACUAUACGAGAAUCAUGAAAGAAAAGGAGUACAGCGUAGACGAGGUCGCAAUCUCACAGUACUACCCAGCAGAAUCAACAUUUGCUGGCAUGCUGAAGAUUUUUGAAGAAAUCUUUGGCUUCGUCUUUGUUGAGCUCGGCCCGGAGGAUCGCGCGCGACUGAGCCCCAGUGGAAAAGCUGAAGACAUUUCCUGGCAUGAAGAUGUCAUCAUUUACAGCGUCUGGGAUGAGCCCGCUAAGGGCGGUGAGUUCUGUGGCUACCUAUACCUUGAUCUCUUCCCUAGAGACAACAAGUACGGACACUAUGCAAACUUUGGAAUCGAGCCCGGCUUCCUCACGGUGGAUGGAAAGAGAAGCUACCCUUCAACCUCCCUGGUGUGCAAUUUUAGCAAGCCUACCGCGACCAAGCCGUCGCUGCUCAAGCAUCAUGAAGUCGUCACCUUCUUCCACGAGCUUGGCCACGGCAUCCAUGACCUUGCUGGCCGAUCUCGUUUUAGCUAUACCCAUGGCACUGCCACCGUGGCUGAUUUCGUCGAAGCACCCUCUCAAAUGCUUGAGAACUGGUGCUGGACGCCAAGUGUAUUGAAAUCGCUGUCGAAGCACUGGGAGACUGGAGAAAGCAUCCCCGACGAGCUUGUAGAGAAGCUGGUAAAGACCAAGCAUCUCAAUUCUGCAAUCGGCGCGCUGUCUCAGCUCGUUAUCGGAACUUUUGACAUGACCGUUCAUGGCCCGAAGUCCAAUGAGGAAGCUAAAGAUAUACACUAUGGCAGGCUCUGGAACCAGCUCCGUCACGAUAUCUCGGGCAUCAAGGGCCCGGAGGAUGCCGGUGAAACUAUUGAAUGGGGCAACCGAUAUGCCACCAUCGGUCAUUUCCUCGGCGGUUACGAUGCCGGCUACUAUGGCUACCUCUAUUCUGAAGUCUUCUCGUUGGACAUGUUCCAUUCUUUCUUCAAGAAGAACCCGAUGGAUGGUAAGGAAGGCCGACGAUACCGCCACACCGUGCUGGAACGCGGCGGCAGCAUCGAAGAGAUGGAGUUUUUGAAGGAGUUUUUGGGCAGAGAGCCUAGCACCGAGGCGUUUUACGAAGAGUUGGGCAUUUCUGCCAAAUAA